AUGCAAUUGUGGAAACAUUCAAUCACCAGUCCGCAAAUCACUUUAUGCCACUUUAGAGAAAUACACUUGACACAUGUUACCACCCCGAAUGGGCGAUGGUUGAGCGGACGACUUACUCGAGAGUAUGAAGUCUGUGGAACGGAAUCGACAACAAGCCGUCGGCAGGACAACAUCAUCGCCGGAGAACUCGAAGCCAUGCUCAUCAACAUAAUGCCUUCCGUUGUCCAGCCAGGCCUUGGAACGGUUGAAAUCCGAAGGACCGGUGAGCCCGCAACAUUUGAGCUGAAGUGA